AUGGUUGCCAGUGGCAUCGUUGGUGGCUGUGGCCGGACAGCACUUGACACCGCACUCGUGUUUCUUGCAGUUUCUCAGAACACGACACACAUUUCCACAGGUGAAAGCGCUCGAGUUCAUAGAGAGAUUGGCAUGAACCACGCCACAUUGACGAUUCUCAAUGGAUUUGCCACAACGACAGCUCGAUUUGACUUUGACCUUGCACGGAGGACACGCGCCAGCAUGACACUUCUCUUGGCAGUGGUGCUGUCCACAAGCCAACAGACGAGAGCACACCUUUCCACAAGUAGGAAUUGGCUCAAGACAAGAUUGUCUUGCAGGGAUGGGCAAGUCAGCAAGAACUGA